AUGAACGCCUCAUCCAGCCGUUCGCAUUCUAUCAUUACCAUUACUAUUCAGAUGGAGCCAGUAGACGCCCUCAGCAACGCCACUGGCGCCUCGCAUCAGCAGUGCUUGUCCGCCAAGCUCCAUCUCGUAGACUUGGCGGGCUCGGAGCGCGCGAAGCGCACAGCCGUCACGGGGGAGAGGUUUGCGGAAGGUGUCGAGAUUAACAAGGGGCUCUUUUCUCUCGCAAAAGUCAUUUCGGCCCUCGCGGAUAACGCGUCUAGGAAGGAUUCCAGAAGCCCCAAACGACACGUGCCGUACCGCGAUUCCAAGCUCACCAGGUUACUGCAGGAUAGCCUCGGCGGGAACGCGAGGACUCUCUUAGUCGCUUGCGUGUCACCAGCCGAUACGAGCCGUGAGGAGACCUUGGGCACCUUGCGAUAUGCGGAAACGGCUAAAUGUAUCAGGAAUAAGCCAAAGGUUAAUACAGAGGCUGACUCAGUGGAGAUUAGCGAUUUGAGAGCAAAUCUUGCAAGGGCGAGAGCCGACAUUGCUAAUCUUGAGGCCGAAAACGAGAGGCUUCGCUCUUGUCUCGCAUCGCAGAGGUCUGUUCAGGGAAGACCGAACCGGACACUGACUCCUCGAUCACUGACUCCUCGAUCACCUAUGUCUUCCCGACAGACGAGUUCUCUCACGAGCUCUUGUGGUUCCACUCCCCCGCUCUUGCCUCAUAUGGAUCCGCUCAUUGUAACUCGAGACGAUGAGCUGAUCAGUGGACUUAAAUACCGAAUCACACAGCUUGAGGGCUUGCUGGACCGAGCGAAUCUUUCAGUCAGUGACAGAGAUGCUCUGUUGGGUCGCAGUGACGGCAAAGUCGCCAGUCGUUCGCCUCUCGGAAAAUUGAAAAACGUGGGACUCGCUGCGCUCUCUCAUGUAGAUGCCAGCGACGCAAAGAGAAAGGUGGAAGCCAAGAUCCGCAACGCCCACGGCCCAAGAAGACGGGCGAGAGCAGCGAAGAUAGAACCUGGUAGUCUCAGGAGUCCGUCGACAGCCCGGAGACGGGAAUACCCCACUCAAAAAGAAGCCCCCAAGAAAGGGCCUGUGAGGUUUGAACCGCAGACUGAAGUCAAUGGAGUAAUCGACUUUCGUUGCCAACCUCAAAGUGGUUUUUGUAACGGAUUUGCAACGGAGAAGCGGUUACCGCGGAGAGCUACCACCCGCAGUUGUCGCGAAAAGCAGAACUGUAUGGCAGGUGGCGAUGACAUUCUUGAAGAACUUGAUGGCAAAACACUUCACUUUGAGGAUGACCCUAACGAAUCAAGUGUGAUGAACGGGCUCUCAGCCGCUCGUCUUGAUGAGAUGCGCCGAACAUUCGUGAACAGAUUGCGUCAAGCGGAGGAUGACAAAGCGUCGUUAGAUAGUAAAGCGGCGCAACUAUCUCGUCAGGUCGUUACUCUUCAGAAGAAGCAUGAGAAAGAAAUCGAGGACCUCAAGGCUAGUCAUCACUCAAGACUAGCAGCUGUGAGAACCAAAAUUAAUGACGUGAAACGUCUCCAAGCGCAGAGCACUCGACUUACGAAGCUACGAGAUGGCAGCGAUGCAGCCAGAAAGAAGAUGCAAGGAAAGCUGAAAGUAACUGAAAGGCAACGACACGAAAUGGCUUCCAAGGUGGAUGAUGCUCAGGCACAGGCGGAAUCAAUGAAGCGGACACUAGUCAAAGAGAGAAAAGAGAUGGCCAAAGCUGAACGAUCUCUCCGAGCUGAACUGCGAAGAGCUGAGAUGGGCAAAAGCCGAUAUGAGGCGGUUAUCGGCAGACUUCGAAUGGAAAACGCGGCGAUGAAGAAUAAGAUGCGAGAUGGAGGGCGGUACCACGUUCGACGUGUAAACUCAAGCAUCAGUCAAAGAUCGACUACUUCCGCAGCUACCUAA